AUGAGAAAAAAUAUCUAUACUAAAGACAUUAGGAGACCAUACAAACGUGAGCUUGGAUGGCUAUCAGUAAAAAGCCACCGAAUGUACUACUUAGCAUGUUAUUUUUAUAAAUUGUUGAGUAUAGGCAAACCUAGCUACUUACGCGAACUAUUUAUUGAAGAUAUUGAUACUAGACAUUCUGUAAGACUUGCAGCAAAAAAAUUACCUAAAUUUGCGACAACUAUUUAUGAGUUAUCUUUUAUAGUUACCUGCAUUCAUCUCUGGGGAAGGGAAGAAUUACCAAUUGAUCUGAUAAAUGCUCCC